AAACAAUAUUAAACCUGUACUGAAUUCACACCAUUCUUGCAUACAUAAUUGCUCUUAAAGUAAGAUUAAACGCACCCAUUGCUAGCAGUACGAAAACAUUAUUUCUAACGGAAAUAAAUACCAACUUGCUAAUGCUACAUAAAAUAGCUUUUGCAGUGUAAUAUUUGAUUCCAGUGAUUUUCAUAAACUUUGUUUUUAGUUAAUUUAAUUAUAUUCAAGUUUGUUUUCAUCUAAAUUUAUACAUAUAUACUUCAUCAGUGUGAUCUAAUUAAAAUCCCACUGAAAUGGUACAUAAGCUUCGCAGUCGCGAUAUUUGUCACACUUCACCUCGGUCUAACCAAAUUCGGGCUGAUUUAUAUGGAGAAACACAAAGUACUGUCACACAUUCUACGCCUAAUCAUCACCAGCGUAAGCGGGAGGAUAUUAACAGCCCUGUAAACAUUAAACGUAUACAAAAUUCGAUGCUGAAAAAUGUAAGCCAAGUGGAACACCUUCGGCCACUUAUGUUUAAUCAGACGCGGGAAGAAAUGUUAAAUGUUGAAUCAUCUAUUACUGGUUUAAACGUAACGCAUUAUGAGUUAAAAUUGCGAAAAUUAGUUGAUGAAUGCAUAUUUUCGCAUACUUUUAAAAAACGGAGAGGGGUCUCUUUAUAUGCGAUCAAAAAGGCCAUAAGAGAGAAUCAUUCGUACAAUCCUAUUACUUUUUCAAAACCUGUGUCACAAUACAUUGCAUCUUCUAUUGCCACUGGAAAGCUGUGUCAAACUACCGGUCAUGGAGCGUCUGGAACGUUUCGGUUAAAUCGUACAGAACAUAAGAAAUAUGUGCGUCAAUUACAAAAUCUUAGAAAAGUUUCCUCGCAGUCACACGGGAUACAAAGACGGCCUAAGCAAAACAAACCAUACAACACAAUUCAUUAAACUGGCGAAAAAUACAAGCAUACUUACAUUGUUAAGAAUAUUUAUGUAAUACAAAUAUUGCUUUGGUUGAAAUUAAUUAAGGUUAAGCACCUAAACGACUAUGAACAUUGUGUAUUUUGAUAACCAACGUUAUAAAUUAGGAACCAUUUUUAAGUUUUUGCAUAUCGUUAUCUUAAUUCACAAAGGCCUUAACCAACAAAUUUCUUAUUUUACUGGAGAAGCAAAAAACAUUUUAAAAAUAGUAUCAAAAACAGGUGGGACUUUUUAAAAAGCGGCAUGCAACUCCACUGUUUUGGGUACUAACAUUUUAAAAUUUUAAUUGAAGGUGUACUUUAAUACCUCCUAACAAAAUCUUCGAAAAACGCAGUUUCAAA